AUGUCUCGGCUCAACAUCAACAAAAAGCAGCGUCUAGUCGCCACAAUCGCAAUAUCUGGCGGCUUCUUCAUCGCAGAACUGGUCAUUGGGUACCGUACAAAGUCCCUCGCGCUCAUAGCAGACGCCUUUCACUACAUGAAUGACCUACUAGGGUUUGCUGUCGCCUUGAUAGCAGUUAUAGUUUCAGACAGAAAAACUCCUCCGCCCCGGACCCUGCCCUUUGGCUGGAAGCGCGCGCAGGUCCUGGGCGCCUUUUUCAAUGGUGUAUUCCUCCUCGCGUUGGGAGUGAGCAUACUCCUCCAAGCCAUCGAGAGAUUCACACAACUUGCGCACGUCGAAGAUCCAGUCCUGGUCCUAACCAUGGGCUGCAUCGGCCUCGGACUCAACGUCAUAGUAAUGGGUUUCCUCCACGAGAACCAUCAUAACCACAAACAAGAAUGUGAAAGCGGGGGACUAGUCGACGAAGAAUCCACCAGAGAAACAUCCUCCCCCAGCAACACACCACCUCCUCCAGCCGAUGCAACCACAAUCUCAAAGCCACCAUCAACGACGACUCCCGAUCCCAAGCCAGCUACCGUAGUCAUCAACCAACACCACCGCGACCCCCACGGCGGUCGAGAUCUCGGCAUGCUGGGCGUCCUAAUCCAUGUCGCCAGCGAUGCAAUCAACAACGUAGGGGUCAUCGUCGCCGCCCUCGUCAUAUGGAAGGGAACCAGCCAGGCCCGCUUCUACGCGGACCCGGGCGUCGGCGUCUUCAUCGCUCUGAUCAUCAUGGCGUCCGCCUGGCCGCUCUGCAGGCGCGCCGGGCAGAUUUUGAUGGAGAGCGCGCCUCCGCACAUUGAUGUUGAUGUCAUUCGAGCGGAGAUGAUGAAGGUCUCAGGCGUCCAAGCCGUCACGGACCUUCUCAUCUGGAGACUGGACCAGACAACCACGCUCGCCACCGCUCACAUCACCGUAACAGAUGAUAACAGCGUAAUCACCUUCGCCUCAACAGCCGAAGCCGUCAGCGCAAGGCUCCUGUACUACGGAAUCUGCUCCGUCGCGCUGCAGCCUGCUACUGCUAUUAUGCAGCGGCGGCAGUGGUCCCAGCAAAAACCGGAUAUUCCGCAAGCAGCGGGCCACGAGGGGGCUUUCAAAGGGGGAGGAGGAGUAAGAGAGGUCCUAGACUAUGUAAAGAUUGCUUGA